UACAAAGUGAGGUAUCCCUCUGUACCUGAUUUGAGGUUUUCAAUAUAGAAUGUUCGGUGUCCUUCAAUGAGUGAAUAGUAUAUACCCGUGAGGUAUCCCUCUGUAUCUUGUCACUCCAAUGGAAUCAGUAUGGCCACCAAAGUCAUCUCUAUUGGCCAUCUAACAGCGUCCACCAGCUAUCUGCAACCUGCUACUAUAAUGCAUUAUAACCAGGGCUUAAAUAAAAAAUUAACACCCACCAGAUUUUGGCACUGGCAGGUGUAAUAAAGAUAAUCUAACGUUUUACCUAAUGAUAUAUAAGGAGGGCAUUUGCACAACAUGCUUCACAACAGCACACAACAAAACUCCAGAGACACAUUGAGCAACCAACUGAUACCAAUCACGAGCACACCCAGAAACAGAUGGCUGACUUAAGCACUCACACAAACAUGUCAAGACAUGAAAGCGCCCUAGCCACACGAACUGACCACUGGUGUCAAAAACAACAUCCCAUGACUAUCGCAACCACCCAGACAUGACUUAGCAGAAACACACACACACACACUUAGGGGUGUUGGACUCCGAGGACAAAGGACAUUGCCAAGGGCCAUUGUAUUCAUUGUAUAAAUUAAACGCACACUAUGUUUCGGGGCUCUCUUCUGCUAGUUCCCUAUGAGCUAAACGAACGAGUCCGUGCACACUUUGGCAAAUAUCUUUGUCUCUUAAUAAACUGCCUUACUAUAAACUGAAUCCACCCGGUCCAGCGUCUUGACUUGGUCUCCUUCUCAAGUAACUGAUCAUCAACACAGGUCACUUCACAGGAGAGCGAGCCAACGUGCCCUAGGGGGCUCGGGGAAUGGAGGACAGCAUGUGACCGGUGCCUAACUAACCGCUCCGCUUCACUGUCGGCAACAUGCAUCAUCUUCGCCGGAUGAUGGCUUUGUGCUUAUGGUGCUCUCUCCUCACCAUUCUUCUCCACGCCACGGUGUUUGCGGAUGAAGAGGCGGAUCUUAUGACGCCGACAGGACCGCCUGCCAAUAAGGGAUGGUCCUAUUGGCAAGGGUGGUCCUUGCCAAAGCAGCCCAGCUUGUCCAUGUUCCCAUCAUUCCCGGCGGCGCCGUCGUUUCCGUUUUCUUCGCUCAACCCGUUUGGAGGGAAGUCACAGACUAAGAAUGCAGGGCCCCAAAGGACCACACCAUCAGAGGGACCAACAAAGGAACUUUCAAAGGGACUGAUAGAGGGACCGACAGAGAGACCGACAGAGAGACGAACGGAGCCUGAGAAUUCACCGGGACAUUCAGGGUCUGGGGAGGACAGUAUUUCUAAAAGCCCUCAGUCCUCCACCAUCACCUCUUGGACUGAAAGUCACCCCAGCUCCACUGAGAUAAGAACAGUAACAAACCAACAGACAGUCACUCCUAACAAGAGCACACAACCAAACACCCAAGAUAUCUUAGAUUCUAUAACCGCUGUCUUAGAUUCCAUAUCCUCUAUUUCUACGUCACAGGGGGUUUAUAUAUCCUCCGAUAGUCUCACCAGCACAAACAUACUGCCACAGACAAUAACGCACGCACACCUGUCACCAGAAACGGCCCAAAUGCCAAAGCACAGUUGGAGUGUCACCACUAAAUCUUUCCCCAAGGAAACGAAGAUCCAAGAUGAACGAGUUCCCCAGAGUGACCCUCUCACAGCCUCUGUCCCACACCUAACGUCCCCACAAACCACAGUCCCCACAACCCUGGUCACAACUCCACCGAGGAUCACCGUCAACCCAACACAGGUAGAGACCACACUGACCAGACAACCCUUCGACUCUGGCACCCCACCCACGUCCCCACAAACCAAGGUCACCAGAAGAUGGCUGGCCUCGACCGUAAGCACCGACAUUGGAACUAAAAAGGCCACGGUCACCAAAACUCAGCCCAGUCAGAGUUCACCGGACCUGGGUUUUUCCGAGGCCAAAGCAGGGCCUGUGGAGGAACGACUGGGAGCGAACACCACCACCCGGACAGAGGAUAGAACACUAAGGGUUAACUCACCAACACCAGGAGGUAACCUUCCUGAUCCUGAAGACUGGCUGUCCGACCCAACGGGCAGUGAAGCCACCUACCUCCCAGACUGUAAUCAGGAACGUUCGGGAAUCUGCAACAUCUCCGACACCUGGGUGCCGCCUACCACCUCUGACGUCCUCCCCACCGCCAACACCCCCUCCGCAAACCAAUCAAAUAACCCCUUCCUGAUUCCGGCCCGGCCCAUGUUCGUAUCCCUGCACUCUGAUUGGAACAGCGCCAUGGCCGCCUGGGGGUUAGCCUGGGAUGCACACGUGUACGGUCUGGGCUCCAUCUUCGCCAUGGUGACCCUGGCCUCGGCGCUCAACCUGCUGUGCUUGCCCCUGCGCUGCCCUUCCGGCUGUGGCUACUUCGCCCUGGUCAGCGUCUUCCUCCUGGCUGCAGGGUGUACCAGGGCUUUCUCCCUCCUCUACGAUGCCUACGGCCACCAGGACCGGCUGUCCUCCACCGAGGCCUCCCUGCUGCUCUAUGAAGCCCCGUUCCCCUGCCUGACUGCAGCCUUCGGCCUGGUCUUCCUACUCCUCUCCAUGCGCUCCAGGAUGCAGCUAUCCUACUCAGCCUUCCAGAGACCCUGUUUCCUGGCCUGUCUGGUGUUGCUGCACUUCGCAGCAGCUUUCGGUCCCGUCGCACUGCUGAGGCUCUACCAGAGGAGGGCACCCUUCUGCCUCUUCAUCUCACUCAUCUCCCGGGGAGCGUUUGUGGCGCUGGUUUCUUUUCUAUCGGUCGCCUAUUUUGUGUUCUUCUGCUACGUACGGGCGGACUCAAAGCACAUUUACCGCCUGAAUAACACCUCGCCCACGCCGGCUGAGCGAUACAACCGCUGUCCAUUCGCAGAGAGCAGGGACUGGGACCGUGCGGCUGCAACAGUGUGCCUUUCGGCUCUGUUUUGCCUGGCAUGCGCCGGGCUGCAGCUGUACGCCAUGCUCCACUCUCUGGGGCUCGCCGGAGGAGCAGAUGUAUUCCGCCCCUGGCCUUGGUGGACCUUCCAGCUCAGCUGCAGGGUUUGUGAGGCCGGAGUUUGUCUCACCCUAGCCCUGGUGGUGGCCCAGCCAAUCUACUGCUCUGACCACCUUCCCCAGCCUGGAAGCUGCUGGACGGAGCUGCUGGCGAUCAAGUCGCCCAUUAUGCCGGGAACCUACCAGUGGACCCUGAGCCAGCAGAAGCUUGCCAUCUGCGACAUUGGGCACGGGGAGACAGAGUGCCUGCCCCUCUACACGCUGGUGGAUGAAAGGCUAGGCAGCAGCUUGAACGGCCUCGACCUCCUGUACCACAGCAACCGGGCUUUGGCUUACAGAGACCUGGACCUGAAUUUGGAUCUGCCUGGCUCCAGCAAGCCCGAGGACAGGGGUGUUGGAGCAGCGUCCGGGGGAUCCUCCACCAGUGACUCCACGGCUGACCUGCGGCCGCCAUCGCCCAUCAACCUGCGCCGUAGUAUUGACGAGGCGCUCUUCAGCGAGGACCUCUUUCCCAUAAGCCUCUUCAGACCGUCCAUACCCUUUUGCUGCAGUGACCUGUCACUCAACAUCCCCUUCUCCACGUCCACCCUGCCCAAUGGUGGCCAAGUGCUUCGAGAGACCCUCUCAGCCGACCCAGGCCUGUACCGGACGACUUCCUGCGUGGAGAUGGUCCCUCCGCCUCCAACCCCUCUACCAAACCGACCUAUGGCGGGCGACACCAUCCUGGGUGCUCCACCAUCUCCCUCCCUGUCCUCCAACUCCAGCUGCUCUUCCCCAGAAUGCUGGAGGGGAAGUUCCUCCUCCUGCUCCCUGUACAGACCCUCACUAGGGGGGUCCUCUCUGGUCCUCUGCUCCAGCCCAGAGGGGCACGCCCAACCCCCAUCCCUAGGCGGCAGCUCAAGCCGCAUCACAGCCUCCAGCCACCAGGGCUCACACAUGCAGAGACACUAUCGCACACUGGGGUCAGCCUCACAGGAGAGUCUUGACCUAGAGUCUGAAGCGGACCGGUCCGUACAAGAGGAGUUCAUCAAUGUCUGUAGACAGAUUGAUGCGAUGAGCAUCUGCAGUGAGACAAUUGACCUGUAGAGCUCUCAUCAGUCAAGGGCUAAAGACUGAGGACUGGGCUGAAAUAAGGUGUGAAGAAGGAUUCAAGAUGGCGUCACGAUCUGUAAGGAGCAACGAGCGGUUUGAUUCAUUAGGCUAGCCUUCAUUGUCAAGAAAGGUAAAAUAGUGCCAAAUGUUUGAGUAAAUGAACUGAGGGUUUGUUUGAGAAUGUUGAUAUGUCUUUUAAGUGCCACAGAAUGCCACAUGCCAAGGAGAAAUUUGUGACAUUUUGUUUCACAUUUGCUAUUGGAUGAUGAAGUUUGAUACGUUAAAAGUUGCGUUUUCCUGUGCAUUUCAAGAGGGGAACAGGGAAGCAAAAUACAUUUGUACAAAACGUUUUGCAUUCAAAUAAAUAAUACUGUGAUUGAAAUAAGCACUUAAUAAACGACUACUGAAAUCUUAUUUUAACAUUUUAGCAUACUCGUAUUCAGAUUGUGAGUGCAUACGUUGUCAUACUUUUUUCUUCUUCUCCAUACUGGUCCCCUGUGGGAAUCAAACCCUGGUGUUGCAAGCACCCUGCUCUACCAGCUGAGCUACACAGGACUUAUAAAACAAAUGUACUUUACAUUUUCAUAGAGUAAGAUUGUUAUUCAAUGCCAAGUUUUUCAAUUCAGUAAAAUAUAAUUGUUUGUGAGCCUCUACAUCAAGAAUUAGACAUGUUAGAGAUGUGCUUUGAGAUCCAUCCAAUAAAGGAAAGCUUGAUUUGAACUAACAGCAACUUUGUAGUGGAGCAGCAGUACUACUAUACUGGUAGGACAACACCAAUACCCUUGUCCUUUAACUUCUGACUGACACACAGUACAUUUAUAUAAGCCGCUUAAUAUUUUAUUAAUGUAAAAAAAACGACUUUACUCAAACAUGAUUAAAUAAAGAGCAAUGUCAACAUUUAAA